AUGGCCGACGACGCUCCCGAUGCCAGUCCCAAGAACGAACCUCUCAACGUCGAGACCAAGGAAGACGCAGAGACCCGCGCUACUCGUCGUGAACUAAAGCAAUCAUCCAUCUCUGAUCCCCCAACGUCUGGUCCAGAAGAUGCUGCCAACACAUCGGAUGCGCCCGAUAAUGACUUGAAGGAGCAAGUCACCUCUCCUAAGAAGAAGCGCGCGCACGACCAACUAGAGGGAAGCAAAGAUGCCGAGGAAAACGAUGCGAACAGUGUAGCAUCAUCGGACUCGGCCAAGGAUAGAACUCUACGAACCGAGCCCGAGAAGAAGCGACAUCGCGACGAAGAUACAGAUUUGCCAUCAACGAUUGCUUCCAGCGAGGCGACCAAAGACACCGAAGCCGGCAAAUCACCGACAAAAAAUUCCCAAGGGCAAACAUCUGCCACUGCUUUCGCAGCGUCUGGUUUUGGCAAGCUGUCGUCCGGGACAUCGCCCUUUGCUUCUCUUGGUGCCUCUCAGAGUGGAAGUGCGUUCGGGUCACUUGCUGCUGGCAAGCCCUCGCUUAGCUCAUUUGCUUCUCCGCCCUCCUCUACAACAGUACAACCUGCUGCGCCGCCUAAGCUGACCUUUGGAAGCUCAGGAGGAGCGUCGCCUUUUGCAGGAUUAUCAACUGGAAGCAACGGAAGUUCCUUUGGGGGAAGCACUUUUGGAUCUGCUCUAGGGGGUGCCAAACCCCUCUCGAGCUUCGCUGCGCCUAUUGCGGAGCCCCUCAAGAGCGAGAAACCUGCGAAGCCAUUUGGUGCCCCGGAUAGUGAAUCCGAGGAGGGCGACGAAGAGGACGAAGAAAGAGAGGAGAUCGAAGUCAACGAUGGCGAAGCCGGCGAGGCAACGGUUGUCUCUGUGAGAGCCAAAAUGUUUUACCACGACAAAGAGGCCGGCUGGAAAGAACGAGGUGCGGGCAUGCUUAAAAUUAAUGUGCCUCAGGCCUGUGUCGAGUAUGACGAAAACGGCGCUGUUAUCCCUGGAUCAUUUGAUGCUUCCGCCUUAGAAAUGGAUGAGGAGGCCGCAGGAGAAUCCCAAGGCCACAAGGUUGCCCGUCUCAUCAUGCGUCAAGAUCAAACACAUCGAGUCAUUCUGAACACAGCGCUUGUCGCCGCCAUGAAAUUCCAAGAAAAGGCUUCAUUGAAGUCUGUUGGCAUCCUCUUCACUGCCUUCGAGGGUGAACAGUCCAAACCCGUGAGCAUCACAAUGAGAAUGUCAGCUGCCAACGCAAAGCUUUUCAUGAAUGAGAUUGGAACCAUCCAAAAAGAACUCCAGAACAUUCCCAGUGAUGACAUGACAGAACACAAGAAAACAUCAGGCCAAACUGGUCCUAUCACAGAAUAUUCACUGCCCGGAGCAAAACGCAAGCGUGAUGGCGACGAGGACUCAACAGCCAAGAGUCCGACUUCAAGUCAGCCGAGCAGCUCCAAAUCUAAACGAGGAGGAAGGGGGGGAAAAGCACGGCCGACCCUUCACAAGGAAGCCAGCAGUGUAAUCGUACCCUGUGCUGCGGAAUGGCCAGAAGAGUUUAAGAAGGUUGAACGAACGCAUCGAGCUCUCAAUCUUGUCUACACCUUUUGCACCACACGAAAACAUCUCGCCACGACAUUUGACACAAUAAAAUCUGCCGUUGAAGCCCAUAUCAAGCGGGAACUAUUGGUCGAUGAGAUUGCUUCCAUGGUAGCGAUUCGUCCUGAGGGUCUUUUCUUUGCAUAUGUCGACGAGAACAUGCUGCAGCUUGAUGUCAAAGGCACUGAAAGGGACGAAGUCUUCCGAACUGGCAAAUCAUUCAGGUCUCAGGCUCCUGCGCAUGAUCCUUCAGUGGGCGGGUACACAGGCAUGGAUGGCCUUGACAAACAACACGAUCUAGAUCUUGAACCUGUAGGACGAGAAGUCCUUUUUCUCGAAUUCAUCGAUGGCGAUCUGAAGAGACAAGUCCCAGGCAAGUCUGGCGAACCAACGAAGCCGAAUCGAAAAUUGAGAGACGAGCAGCUGAGAAUGCCUGUUUUCAGCCAGAAACAGAUGACCAGUCUGAUCGAGAGGCGUAACCAAAGAUUCAACAGUGCUAUUAAUGCCUUCCUCAAUAAAUGCUCCGACGAUGGAAUUGAUCCACUUGAAAUUCUCAAAGAACAAACCCAAGCAUACAUCCCGGUCCCUUCUGCCCAAGAAGAGUUUGCCCAAGAGAAGGCAGCCGAUUCGAUACCAGAAAGCAUACCAAAGGAACGAAAGACCGUGCCAGAAAUCGUACAGGAGCUCAAGGAGUGCCCUUGGUAUACCGGGCAGAUUGUCCCUGAUGGACAUAGAGUAUUUGAGAAGCAGGAGGCUGUGUAUGGGGACCUCAACUUUCUUUUGAGUCAGGGUUUGGUCAACGCUCUAUACAACGCCAAUGGAAUCACACAGUUCUAUGCACAUCAGUCAGAGGCUCUCAACAGUCUCCAUGAUGGAAAGCACGUUGUAGUGUCAACAUCGACAAGCUCAGGUAAAAGUUUGAUCUACCAGCUCCCGGUCAUUCGUGCCCUUGAAGAGGACUACAACUCCAGAGCAAUGUACAUCUUUCCCACAAAAGCCUUAGCACAGGAUCAGAAGAGGAGUUUGAAAGAGAUGAUGAGUUAUAUGCCUGGUCUUGAAGAGACUAUGGUUGAGACUUUUGAUGGGGACACUCCAAUGACUGCGCGCAAUGAGAUUAGAGAGCAAGCAAGAAUCAUUUUUACUAAUCCAGAUAUGCUUCACAUUACCAUAUUACCCCAAGAAGAGCGAUGGAGAUCUUACCUGAAGAACUUGAAACAUGUCGUUGUGGAUGAGUUGCACUAUUACAAUGGUCAAAUGGGUUCUCACAUGUCCUUCAUCAUGCGAAGGUUGAGGCGAAUAUGUGCCGCCGUGGGAAACCGGCGCGUCAAAUUUAUAUCGUGUUCUGCUACAGUUGCGAACCCAGAGCAACACUUCAAAACAAUAUUCGGUAUAGAAAACGUCCAGCUGAUAGAUUACGAUGGAUCUCCAUCAGGACGGAAGGAGUUUUUGUGCUGGAACACUCCUUAUAAAGACCCUGGCGAUCCUGCCUCUGGCCGUGGUAGCACCAAGUUUGAAUGCGCGCGACUGUUUUGUGCCCUAAUGCUAAGAGGUGUCAGGAUCAUAGCAUUUUGCAGAGUUCGGGCGCAAUGUGAGCUUCUCGUGAGCGCCAUCAAGCAGGAGCUCGAGAACCUGGGACGGCCAGAAUGUACCAAUCUGGUGAUGGGAUAUCGUGGCGGCUAUACAGCACAGGAUCGCCGCCGGAUCGAGACUGAAAUGUUUCAAGGUCAACUGCUUGGAAUUGUUGCAACUACUGCGUUAGAGCUCGGCAUUGACAUAGGCUCCCUCGAUUGUGUCAUGACGUGGGGAUUCCCUUAUACGAUUGCCAACUUGCGACAGCAAAGUGGGCGUGCUGGCCGUCGCAACAAGGAUUCGCUUUCGAUACUGGUUGGUGACGGUUUUGCCACAGACCAGCACUACAUGCAGAAUCCAGACGAGCUGUUCACAAAGCCCAAUUGCGAGUUGCAAGUUGAUCUGGAGAAUAUGCUUGUGCGUGAAGGACACAUUCAAUGCGCGGCAUAUGAAAUGCCGAUACGCCCUAAGGAUGAUGCAAAAUACUUUGGCAAAGACCUACCGAAGAUUUGCAUCGAACGCUUAAUCAAAGACGACAUGGGCUUUUACCAUUGCCAUGAUCGAUUUCGCCCUGUCCCUGCAAAGUAUGUUGCUAUACGAGACACAGAAGAUGACCACUUUGCUAUCAUAGAUAUCACCAACGGCCGGAAUGUUGUCCUGGAAGAGCUGGAGGCCUCCAGAGCAACUUUUACACUUUAUGAUGGAGCCAUUUUCCUUCACCAGGGUAAUCCCUACCUUGUACGAGACUUCCAGCCUGACAAAGGAAUGGCCAGGGUGGAAAGGGUCAAGGUUGAGUGGACAACUGUUCAGCGUGACUAUACUGAUAUCGAUCCCACGGAGACAGAAGCCAUCAGAACAAUUUCGAACUCUCGCUCGCAUGCUUACUAUGGAACAAUCAAGAUCCAACAAAACGUGUUUGGAUUCUUCAAGGUCGACAAGAAGAAUCGAGUGCUGGAUGCGGUACAGGUGGACAAUCCCCCAGUCAUACGUUUCAGUAAGGGAAUGUGGCUCGAUGUGCCUAAGAAGGCGAUGAGCAUUCUCCAAGAGAGACGUCUUCACAUUGCCGCCGCGAUUCACGCUGCAGAACAUGCCAUUAUAAGUCUACUGCCAGCCUUCGUUAUCAGCAUGCCUGGCGAUGUACGGACAGAGUGCAAGACGGCAGUGAAAGAGUUUGCAAAACAAGAAUCACAGCGGAAGCGACCAGCACGGUUAACAUUCUACGAUGCCAAAGGUGGUGCAGGAGGGUCAGGUAUCAGCACGAAAGCAUUUGACCAUGUCGACCAACUACUACGGGAUGCGUUGAAGCGGGUCGAAGACUGUCACUGUGAGCGAGGUUGUGUUGAAUGUGUGGCAUCAGAAUUGUGCAAGCAAGCGAACGAAGUGAUGAGCAAAGCUGGCAGUCAAGUGAUUCUCAAGACUCUGUUGAACGUCGAGAUUGAUAUGGAGUCACUGCCGAUGGGUCCAGAGCCCAACAUUCCCAUAGGUACCGAGACAGUCGUUCUAGCAGAACCUGUUCCGUACCGGGCCAAAGAGACAGCCUUCCAGAAACGCAGCAUUAGCGAUACCAACGAAUAA